AUGGACAGUGUCUUAGCACUCGUCCUCUUCCUGUCUCAUCCCUUCAUCCACCUUUACAAUGCCACACAGUACAGCAUUGUUUCUCCUGAUGAGGAAAGGCUGAAGAUCUCGACUCUUGGGCUUCACAACGGCCACAGCUCACCUGGGAGCGCCAUGAGCAGUGCCACCGCUAGUGUAGGUGGCUACAACAUGGAGAGCAGCUACAAUGGGAAAAUCUCCACAAGGGGGCGUGGCCAAGUGAGGAGCCGUUUUGUUAAAAAAAAUGGCCAAUGUAACGUUGUAUUCUCCAACAUGGAGGACAAACCACAGCGCUACCUAGCUGAUAUAUUCACAACCUGUGUGGACAUCCGCUGGCGCUACCUACUUCUCAUCUUCUGCACAACAUUCUUAGUGUCAUGGCUGAUUUUUGGAUUGAUUUUCUAUAGUGUGGCCCUCGCACAUGGAGAUUUCGACCCUGAUCAUCAUGUGAGGGGGCAAACGGGGCCAGGAGCAUCAGGUGAGGGGCAACAGGAGGAGUGGAAGCCAUGUUUGCUCCACGUGGAAGGGUUUCUUGGCGCCUUCCUGUUUUCAAUCGAGACUCAAACAACGAUUGGAUAUGGCUGGCGCUGUGUCACUGAGGAGUGUCCAGUUGCCAUAGCAACAGUAGUGGUGCAGUCCAUUUUGGGAUGCAUCAUUGACUCAUUCAUGAUUGGUACUAUCAUGGCUAAGAUAGCAAGACCCAAGAAGCGAAAUCAGACGCUGCUAUUUUCCCAAAAUGCUGUUAUAGCACUACGGGAUGGGAAGCUGUGCCUCAUGUGGCGUGUCGGAAAUCUCCGGAAAAGCCACAUUGUUGAAGCUCAUGUCCGAGCACAGCUGAUUAAACCCAGAGUGACAGAGGAGGGCGAGUUCAUCCCACUGGAGCAGACAGACCUGAAUGUGGGUUAUGAUGAAGGAACUGACCGCCUUUUCCUCGUCUCACCUCUUGUCAUCGUUCAUGAGAUUGAUGAAGACUCGCCGCUCUGGGCCAUGAACCGCUCCGAUCUGGAAAACAAUGCCUUUGAGAUCGUUGUAAUUCUUGAGGGAAUGGUAGAAGCCACUGCUAUGACGACACAAGCACGAAGCUCAUACCUGUCCCAGGAGAUCCUUUGGGGUCAUCGAUUCGAACCGGUUGUGUAUGAAGAUCACGAUCGCUACCAAGUGGACUACGCUCGCUUCCACAAGACCUACAUAGUUCCUUCGACUCCUUCUUGCAGUGCUAAGGAGCUCAGUGAAUUAGUGAGCCAUCAGUCGUCCAAAGCGUCGUCACAAUCCGGGACGCCGAUUAGUCGCAGGACCCAUUUUCUGCGACCACCUUGCUCACCAAGUGCGUUCUGUUAUGAGAAUGAAGUGGCUCUGUUCUCUGGAGAAGAGGAGGAUGAGGAAGGAAUAAAUAAGAGCAGAGUAGAGGAUGGUCUGACGACACUAGAAACGGAUCUGACGGCACUAACUACGACUGGCAUUGCGCCAGAAUUCCAAAAAAUGUUCCAGGAUGCUCCAACAGUAACUUCUGGAAACAACGUCCUCUGUGUGCUGGACAUGGACAAUCAGAUGGAGUUUGAUAUCCUUCAGACGUCCAUUCCUCUUGAUCCUCUGACGUACAAAAGCGAAUCAGAGAUAUGA